GCGCCCUCAUGUUGCCUGUGCUCGUAGCGAUGGCGGUUCUGGCGCCGGCGGGCGUGGCGGGUGGCGACGCCGCGCCCGUGGUGGCGGUGGCGGGCGGGCGGGUAGCGGGCGCGACGGAGACCUCCACGAAGGGCAGGGAAUUCCACGCCUACUACGGCGUCCCCUUCGCCAGGCCGCCCCUGGGGGAGCUCAGGCUCAAGGACCCGGUGAGGGCGGGGAGCUGGGAGGGCGUGAGGGAUGGGUCCAAGAUGCCCCCGCCGUGCCUCCAGGUGCCCUUCGACUUCCCCGUCAUGGGCAUCACUUUGACCCCAGAGGAGCUGUUCGGUGACGAGGACUGCCUCUACCUCAAUGUAUUCACGCCGAAAAGAAUGGAGUCUGCCGAGAGACUUCCCGUAAUGGUUUGGAUCCACGGGGGAGGAUUCUUCGCUGGCGGCGCCCACGAGUACCUGCCUCACGUCCUCAUGAACCACGACAUUGUGCUGGUAGUUGUGCAGUACAGACUCGGCAUCCUGGGAUUCUUGUCCACGGAGGACGAGGUGAUGCCCGGCAACUUCGGCAUGAAGGACCAGGUCAUGGCCCUCCGCUGGGUGCAGGAGAACAUCCACAGCUUCGGGGGCGACGCCGACAGGGUCACCAUCUUCGGGGAGAGCGCGGGCGGCGCCUCCGUCCACCUGCACAUGCUGUCGCCCAUGUCCAAAGGCCUCUUUUCUGGCGUUAUCAUGCAGUCAGGAUCAGCACUAGCGCCGUGGGCUCACCGAGAAGAGUUCAGAUCCGUGGCGGAGGAAGUGAGCCGAUCUGUCGGGUGCGGAGAAGGCCUCGGCAGCCAGGGGAUCCUUGCUUGUCUCCAGCAGAAGGAUGGUCGCCAGUUGGCUGCCAGUCUCCAGGGCACUAUGAAAUGGUUCCUCCUGCCUUUGGUAACUGCUCCCCGCACUGACGGGGAUUUCCUGCCUGACGAUCCCGCGCGUCUGAUGCGUGACGGGGAGGUCCAUCGCGUGAAUCUCAUGGCUGGAAUCACACGGGACGACGGAGCCAUCGUAACACAACCCAUGUUAGCUCGCGGAGAACUGAUCGACGCCCUGCGAGAAAAUUUCUCCGCCGUCGGCCCCGUCAGCCUGAUGGUCGGACCCGAAGUCCCAGACCCCGUCGAGUUCAGCACCAGGGUUUACCAGCACUAUCUUGGCGACUUGACCUUCGACCUUGACCGCAUGGAAGAUCUCACUCGGUUAAAGACAGACUACACCUUCGGAGUGCCGCACGACCUGACGACCCUCUACCACGCCAAGGCUCCCGGCCUCGCCACCUACCGCUACGAGCUCAAGCACCGAGCCGAGUUGUCCAUCGGAGAUUUCUACGAGACAGACAAAGGGCGUCACUGGAUUCCUCACGCUGACGACCUGUACUACCUGUUCGCCGGCGGGCCGCUUCUCGCCCCCGACUUCCUGGCCGGCCGCCCCUCGGACCUGCGGCGCCAAGACGACCUCCGCCUCAGGGACAUCGUCACGACCCUGUGGACCAACUUCGCUGCUACGGGGUGAAUGCUGUGUGCGCGCGUUUU